AUGCGCUACAACAGUAUCUGUUUACCUAAUGGCCAGUGCUUUCAAGUCACCGCCGUAUUCGGCGGUUUCACUUUCAAGUCUAAGAACCUGAACCUGGGAAAUUCAAUUUUGCCCCCCGGAUGGAACGUUGUUAUUUCCACCCGCCAGCAGCAAGCCGACAAUCGGCCAGACGGCGAAGUGCUUGAUGAAGAACGAGGCCGAGCGCGAGAGGUCAACCAGAGGGAGGCUGCGCUCCGACCACGGGUCGUCCGAUUCACAGGCCCUACCUUGUCGAGCGAUGAGCUCUACAUCUCAUACAUUGUCAAUCCCCCGGACAGCAACUUCAAGCCCGUCACCUCUCCGACCCGGCAGAUCGCCAUGAUGCUGUGGGUCACUCUUUGCUGGUACUUUCACGAACCCGAGCCGGAUCUCCACAUACAUACUGAAGCUUCGUCGCGCACGCCCGUGGCCGGGAAACCUAAGGGCGACUGGCGGGUGAAUAUCCGGCGAGAGGGUAUCUUCACGGGGCGCAAUGUGCUGCAAAAGCUGGAGCGCAUGGGACUCAUCGCGUGCGACGACUCGUCUGUCGGGGUUGGACCAUACCACGAGGAUGGGUGGGCGCAUAUGUUUGUCAGUCGGCGCAGCUUCUGGCAGCUUGAUCCGCGUCUGUAUCUCUUUACCUUGAGUCCGCAGUUCGUACCGCAGACCGUUGCUAGGUCGGGGUUUGUGAGGGUUGCUUCUCCCUCGCGGGAGAGCAUGUACUUGUCAGACCGAAAUAAGCGUCCGACGUCUGCCGACUCGGGGCACUAUACGCCGAGUGAAGGGCCGUUUGCUUCGCAUAGCCAUCUCCCGACUUUCUUCCCUCCCCCGCCACCUCAGUUUACCUUCACCAACGGCAUACGGCACCCGAUCCGGCAGAAGCCUCCCCAUCAGGGCGAAGUAUUCUAUGUGCGAUACAUUCCAAGCCUUCAGCAGUACCUCUCCUUCCGAGUACCACAACUACCCUCCGCAAGGGACGCGUCUCGCCCACUUAGCCCCACGAUGAGCAUAGAGCCGCCAACCCCAAAUACCCCAUCGGAUCUCGAGUAUCUGCACAAGUGGAUGAAUGAACCGCGCGUCGACGCAGCAUGGGGCGAGGCCGGCCCAAUCUCGAAGCAAGAGGAAUUCCUCCGACAGAACCUCUCCAAACGAAACAGUUUCCCUGUCAUCGGAUGCUGGGACGGAAAGCCGUUCGGCUAUUUCGAGAUCUACUGGGUCAAGGAAGACCAACUGGGACCAUUAAUCGGCACUGCCGAUAACUAUGACCGCGGUAUCCAUGUACUUGUUGGCGAGCAGGAAUUCCGCGGGCCACAUAGGGUCACUGCGUGGCUUAGCUCGCUGGUCCAUUACUGCUGGCUGGCGGAUAUGCGGACUCAGACUGUGAUGUUGGAGCCGAGGGUGGAUAAUAAGAAGAUCAUCAACUACCUGCAAAACGCGGGGUUCUACAAAGAGGGAGAGGUUACCUUUCCUCAUAAGCAGUCGGCGGUGAUGAAGAUUCGUCGGGAAUGUUGGGAGUCACCUUCUCUGUAA